UUCUUUUUGUAGAGAUAGGGUCUCAUCAUGUUGCCCAGGCUGGUCUUCAACCUCUGGGCUCAAGCAAUCCUUCCUCCUCAGCCUCCCAAAGCACUGGGAUUACCGGCAUGAGCCACCACUCCUGGCCACAGUUUUGAUGUUUAAAGCCCAUUUCUCUGUAAGAGAACCAUGAGCUCACCUCACUGCUAAGCAGUCGCGCCCAGGGCAGGAACGCCUCUGACCUGUCUGCCGUGAGAUGUGUGCUCCAGUGUUGAUUGUGCUCUUUGGAGAUACGUGGUGCUAACAGCCCCUUGAGUGGCACAUGCAUUAUCCCUUCCACUCUUAGCACAGUCCUGCCAGUAUCCAGAAGGGCCACGAGCUUGAGCUGGGGCAAAGGGAGGAGGACCUGGAGGACGAGGAAUGAAAGAGACUAACUCCUUGACGCCACCUUUCUCUGCCUAGAGGCUUCUCCCAGUUGAACUUUCAAAGGGCUGGGGUGUCCUGGGUUUCUGUUUGCCUCUUUGCCCCUGGUUUGACGGCCAAGGGGGUUUCCCCCUGUGACACACCAGCGGGGAGGAACAGCAUCCACUAGGUUUGGGGAGGAGUGAGCUGGAAGUGUCCGUGAAGGAGCUCCUGACGGUCGGGGUCUGUCCCUGCCCUCACAGUGCUUUUCCCUGUUGACAAUCACCAUGAGGUGUACCUCUGGCAAGGCUGGUGGCCCAUCGAGAACAAGAUCACUGGUUCUGCCCGCAUCUGCCCUGCCUCUGACCAGGAGAGCACGAUGGAGACCGUACUCCAGUACUGCAAAGAAGAGGCCUCGCCAGCAGCUCCCCGGAGCCCUAGACCCUCUUUCUCUUCUGCAUGGGUCAGCCAGUGUCUAUAAAGCCUGGCAGGUGGUAAUGAAACCCAUUUUUCCCCCCUUUAAUUUUUUUGAGAUUUCUUAAUUUUUAGAUUAGUGCAUUCUCAGCUGCCAGCAUGAAGAACAACUAGUUUUUCUCUCUGGUAUUAUGAGGCCAUCUAACAUGUUACCCUCAAGGAUAAAGGCUAUAUUGUGGAACGCCCCAGGCAGAUUAAAACCCUGUUGUACUCCGGGUUGAUCACGCUGAGAGACAAGUUGGCCUCUGCCACGUACAUUAUCUGCAACCACUACCAUGCUGUUGGAGAAUGAAAGUCUCCCCCAAAUGGGAAAAAUCUCAAGAAACCACCCCCCAAGUCUUACCUUAUCCAUGCUGGCCUGGAGCCCCUGACAUUCACGAAUAUGUUUCCCAACUGGGAGCACAGAGAGGACAUUGCUGAGAUCACAGAGAUGGACACGGAAGUUUCCAAUCAGAUCACCCUCGUGGAAGACGUCUUAGCCAAGCUCUGUAAAACCAUUUAUCUGCUGGCCGACCUCCUGGCCAGGCCACUCCCGGAGGGGAUCGAUCCUCUGAAGCUUGAGAUCUAUCUCACCGAUGAAGACUUCGAGUUUGCACUAGACAUGACAAGGAAAGAAUACAAUGCCCUGCCCUCCUGGAAGCAGGUGAACCUGAAGAAAACAGCAGGCCUGUUCUGAGUGGGGAGACGCCAGAGGAACCUCGGAGUCACGUCCAGUACCAUCGCACCAGGGAAAUGGAUAUAUAUUUUUGGACUGGUGUUUUCCACAAAGUAUCUUUCAAUCAGAGUUUUCAGAACCUGACAUUGUUAAAGAUACUACUUGUCUGGGAGUUGUGUAUUUUGUAAACGUUCAAGGGAACUAUUUGGGAACUUCUUUCCACCAUUCAGCAGAUUAUCAGAAUUAAUAAAAGUAUGUUACGUGCACUUAAGCCGCAGCUGCUGUAGAUAGCACUGCCUUCUUGUUCCAACUAAGCAAUGCUUUUUUCUUUUUUCUUUUUUUUGGAAGCAGUUCUCUUUAUAAAGUGUUAUUUUGAUAGUUUGUGGAUUCUAAAAUAUAUGUAUAUUUAUAGAAACACCAUAAAAGUCAAACAAAGCAAUAUGUAUUCGUUCACUUUCAAGAUUUUUUUUAAUGUCAAAAUAAUAUGAAAAGGUAGAUGGAGUUGCUUCUGUUGAAUUAGCUCUGCCACCAAUACGUAUCUUCAUACACAUUUGGAAACGUUUCCUGCAGCAUUAGGUAUGACUUGUUCUGAGUACUGCUUCCGGUGCUAAAAUGAACAACGAAUUUGUGCUUAAUGGCAUGGACUCUGGAGAAUCUAUGCGAAUCAGCUGUUCUACCUUAAUAUCUCCCCCAAAAUGUAUAGUGCCUUGUUUGAUGUACAGUUUCUAUACAGAACAGUUUGCUCUGCGUCUUUGAUGAUGGUUUGGAACAUUACCUACAAUUUUACUCUCAAAGA